AUGUGGGAGUCCAUCAGGCCUUUCAAGCCGAAGAAGUCUAUGGACAUCAACGCCAAACUCAUUGCGGCUUGCGUGAAAGGAGCACGUCACAUUGUCGAGCAUCUACUUCAGACAGGGGCAGACAUCAACUAUCUUGUGCAGCCUAAGACCGGAGUGCACAAAGAUUAUAUCGGCUUCACCCCGUUGUCUGCUGCUGCGCAUUGCGGUCAUACAUCCUUGGUCAAGCUUCUUGUCCAACAAGGGGCCGAUAUCAAAUGUGGAAGAGAGAAAGAUCCGAUAGGAAAGGCAAAGUUCUGGUUUGCCCUCAGUAACAUGGUCGGCGACAAGAAAAUUGAAACUCGCAAAGCGUUAUACGCGAAGAUAUCUCCGUUCUAUGGUAAUUCCACGUCUUUCGUUGUGUGA